UGUGAAGACGCACACAAGGAAAGACGGCACUUACCUGAACGAGCGGACACGGGACCUAUGCGAGCGGAUGACACAGAGUUUGUCCACUGAUCCUGCUGCCUCGGACCCCGUCUCAUCAGAUACGGUGCGUUGGGCACCUGGCGACGCGUACGAGCAAGCGGUUGGGCGACCCGAGUAUGCGGGUAGGGUUCGGCAGGUUGGGCCGAACGUUACUCCUGUUCGCGGGACUUGUUUCUCGUAUAGGGACCGCACACGGGGGGGACCGGCCGAGGGCACGUCUCAGGAUUGGGCUGCUCAUAAAAUUGCGGAGUUGGAGGGCAUAGUGCAGGCCGAGAGAGAGCGGGCUGACAGCAUGGAGCAGCGCAUACGACAGUUUGAUGCUAUGGAGCAGCGCAUGCGACAUUUUGAUGCUAUGGAGCAGCGCAUGCGACAUUUUGAGGCCUUCAUGUCCUCUACAGGAUUAUCGUUCGUAUGCCCUGGUGCUCAGCAGUCUUCACCCGCACACGUAGGUAGUACGUCAUCUGUUAGUAGUGCGCCUGCAGGUAAUGCGACAACGGUUGGUUCGUUGUCGCCUUCUGGACAAUUGCUGAGCCAACAAUCCCCUCUCGGGACUCCAUCGCCCGUUACACCAUCUCUUGCGGGACAAUCGACAAUUGGCGAGGGUGUAGAAUAA